AUGCGCACGGCCGAGUCCGCGGCGCGCGCGGCGAAGCUCCGCGUCUGGAAGGGCUACGCGAAGCCGAACCUCGGGAACAUCGACGCGGACUUCGAGGGCGUCGUCGUCGAGGUCGUCUCCGGCGACCAGGUCGUCGUGCUCUCGUCGUCGGGGACCGAGGCGCGCGUGUCCCUGUCGUCCCUCAAGGCGCCGCGCCUCGGCAACGCGAAGCAGGGCCGCAAGGAGGAGGCCUGGUCGUUGGAGUCCAAGGAGGCGCUCCGCCACGCGUGCAUCGGCAAGCGCUGCCGCGUGCUCGUCGAGUACGCGCGCGAGAUCCCCGUGGGCAACGCCGACGAGGGCAAGACCAUGAAGCUCGUCUUCGCGCGCGUCUGCACGCUGCCCGACGCGAAGAAGGGCAAGGCGCCCGCGCCCGUGCCAGAGGACAAGCAGAAGGACGUCGGCGAGGCGCUCCUCGCGCUGGGCCUCGCCGCCGUGACGCCGCCGCGCAACUCCGACGAGCGCGCGGGCCGCUACGAGCAGCUCGUCGCGGCCGAGACGGACGCCAAGGCCAAGAAGCUCCGGCUCUGGUCGGGCAAGGCGCCGCCGCCGCCGCCCAAGGUCGCGGACCUCGCCGGCGACGCGAAGCGCGCGCGCACCUUCCUGCCCUCGCUCCAGCGCCAGCGGUCCGUGCGCGCGACGGUGGAAGCCGUGUUCUCCGGGAGCCGCUUCAAGGUCAAGGUCGCGUCCGAGGGCUGCGUGCUCGUCCUCGCGCUCGCGGGCUGCCGGAGCCCGUCGGCGUCGUCCGCCGCGCGGCCCCAGGAGGAGUUCGCCGGCGACGCGGCCAAGGCCUUCUCGCGCGCGACGCUGCUCCAGCGCACCGUCGACGUCAGCGUCGCGGACAUGGACCGCAACGGCGUCGGCCUGGGCGGCAUCCGCCUGCUGCCGGAGGACGCGAAGCGCCGGUUGUUGGCCCGGGGCUUCGCGCGCGUCGACCGCUACCGCUCCGGCGACGCGCGGUGGGCCAAGCUCGAGGCGACGGCCAAGGACCUCAAGCUCGGUUUGUGGGCCGACGAGAAGAACCGCGAGGAGGCCGAGAAGGUCGCCGAGCCCAAGGAGCCGCCCAAGGCGAAGACGUUCCGCGCCAAGGUCGCGGACAUCACCGACGGCUCGUCGCUCCAUUUGGCCGAGGUCACGGAGGCCGGCGCGACGCCCAAGCUCGACGCCGUCCUCGCGAAGAUGGCCGGCUUCGCCGGCGCCGCCGAUCCCGCGGCGACGUACCGGCGCAACGCCGUCGUCGCGGCGAAGUUCGACGACGGCUCCGGCGACGCCUGGUACCGCGCCAAAGUGCUCGAGGUCGACAAGGAGGCCAAGACCUACAAGAUCAAGUUCCUCGACUUCGGCAACGUCGACGUCGGCGUGACGGCGAAGACCCUCGCGCCGCUGGACGCGGGCUACGCCGCGCUGCCCUACGCGGCGCUCGAGGUCGGCCUGGCGCACGUCCAGGCGCCGUCGCUGGAGGACGACUACGGCGAGGACGCGGCGAAGACGGUCCACGAGCUCUGCUGGGGCCAGGACCUGACGGUCACGGAGGUCUUCGUCCGCGGCGCCGAGAAGAAGAUGGUCGCCCUGAAGCUCGCGUCCGCCGGCGACGACGCGAAAACAAUCAACGAGCAGCUCGUCGAGGCGGGCCUCGCGCGGCUCCCCAAGGGCUCCAAGUACGCCAAGGACGACCUCGCCACGAAGCUCAAGGCCCUCCAGGAGGCCGCCCGCAGCUCCCGCGCCGGCGUCUGGCGCUACGGCGACUGCGACUUCUCCGACGACGAGAAGUAG